CUGCGCUCGAGUCAUGGUGGAGGUUGCGGUUCUGGGCAAAGGCUCUUAAAGAGUUGUACUACUUUUCAGCAUGUCGGUCGAACUCGACUUAGAAAGACCGGAUUUAAUGGGUAUACGAUGCGGACCACUUCAGACGUAGCCUAAUAGUCACGAAAACGGAGGAAAAGUUGGAUCUUGAACGCUGUGGUAAAAUGUAACCCUUUUUCUUAGCGCACCAGUCAACAGCCCUGGGCAACAAAUAUGGCUACUUGGGUCUACUCUUCUUUCUAUUUGGGAUGAAAAGCGACACAAUUUGACUAUGCACUACAAUCGCGGGACUACGACUCAACUCUUCCAAGAAGUGACCAAUCCAGAAAGGGUUACGGCUGAACUGUAUAGAGAUCUUAAAGUGGUCAGUUGAUAAAACGUAGGCAACGCGGUAGUCGUGCAAAUAGCAGCGAGUUGAGAGAGAUGGAGUCUAAGCACAAAGAGUUGUUAGAUAAAUGCUACCAGAACUUACUGGAGUCAAUAACACAUGCAGAUCGGGUCGUGGAGGUGUUGUCUCAAACUGGUACCCUCACCCAAUCGGAACGUUAUGAACUGGGUCACAACUGCUCGUCCAACUCGGAGAAAGUGGUCCUUCUCCUGAAAAUCUUGAUAAGUAAAGAGAGAGACCAUUUCAAAGACCUUUGCGCUGCCCUAGAAAAGACGCACCCUCACCUGAAUUCUGCACUUUUAAUGAACGGCGUGGGAGACGUAGAUCAUUCAUCUGGGUCCACCUACAGUGUUUUGUCCACCAUGCCGUCUGACUCUGAAAGCAGCACUUCCCUCAGCAGUGCAGGUACCACGGGUCAAGCCUCGUCCCCUCCUCCGGCCCAUAUGGAGAACCGCCACGGUCAGAUGAGUGAGAAGAUGGAGGCGGUUCUCUUCCAGCUGAGACAGGUGACCCGCGAGAGGGACGAGCUGCGUAAACGCCUGGCCCUGUCCUCGCCCGGCACCACCUUCGAUGACUGCAGGCCCAACUCCAAGUCAGGCCAGGACUACGAGCAUCUGAAGCUGCAGUGUAUGAAGGCCAUGGUGGACCUGCAGUCCUUACAGAACCAACACAGCACAACACUGAAGAGAUGUGAGGAGGCCGUGAAGAAAGCUGACUUCUACCACACGCUCCACAGCCGUCUGGCCAGCGAGCAGUCUCCGCUGAAGGAGGAGCUGGAUGCUGUGAGGCAGGACAACAUCCAGCUGGUCAGAGAACACAACCAUGUGAAACAGAGCUGUGAGGAGAUGAGGAGACUACAUGAUGAGGACCAGAGAGAGCUGGGAGACAUGAGGCUGCUUCACCAACAGGUGAUGAGAGAUGGGUCGUCAGAGAUCCUCAACAAGCUGUAUGACACGGCUAUGGACAAGCUAGAGGGCACCAAGAGAGACUACGAGGCUUUGAGGAAGAGGUACAAUGAGAAGACAGCCAACCACAACACAGACCUGAGCCGUCUGGAGCAGGCAGAGGAGGAGAACAGGAGGCUACAGAAACAGGUGGACAUGUUGUUGAAGCAGAGAGACGCUGCUACACACUACCAACAACAGUACUCUACCUCUAUGAGGAGGUUUGACUCGACGCAGGCGGAGCUGUCGAAGGCUGCAGUGCUGAACAAGGAGCUACAGAGGGAGAUGGAGCGGCUGCAGACAGAAUCCACACGGCUGAAGACCCAGCAGCUGAAGGCCGUUAAGGACUGUGAGAAAUACAAGGAGGAGAGGGACUCGGUCUUCAAUGAGUACAGACUCAUCAUGAGUGAGAGGGACCAGGUUAUCACAGAGGUGGACAAGCUCCAGACAGGGCUGGAGGUGGCUGAGGCCAAACUGAAGAACACCUCGUCAGAGAAGAGGAUGACCAGCGAAGAGUUGGAGGCACUACGUCAGGAGCUUGGCUCGGCGCUGAUCGACCGAGACAGAGCUAUCUGUGAGAAGAACGAGCUGCUGGAGAAGUGCUGCCACGAGGUGAAGGACAAGGCUGAGGCCCAGAAGGAGUUGAGCCAAGCCUGUAAAGACAUCCAGACGGUCCGGGAGGAGAGAGACGUGGCCCGCAAGGAGAGGACAGAGGCCAUCAUACAGAGAGACCAGCUUCUGAGAGAAUACUACCAGACUAGACAGAAACAAGACUCGACAACCCUGGACAUGGAGCGGGCCAACAAGGAGAUAGAGGUGCUGAGGAAGCAGUACGAAGCCAUGUCUCAGGAGCUGAAGGAGGCGACACAGGAAGCAGAGGUGGCCAAGUGUCGACGCGACUGGGCCUUUCAGGAGAGAGACAAGAUAGUGGCAGAGAGAGAGAGUAUUCGAACGUUAUGCGACAACCUGAGGAGGGAGAGGGACCGAGCGGUGAGCGACCUGGCAGAUGCCUUGAGAAACCUAGAUGAUACCAGGAAACAGAAAAACGACGCGUCACGAGAACUUAAGGAGCUCAAAGAAAGGAUUGAAGACCAGUUGGAAAAGGAGGCCAGUUUUCGUCAGCUGAUGGCUCAUAAUUCACAUGAUUCAGCCAUCGACACAGACUCUUUGGAGUGGGAGACGGAAGUUGUGGAGUUUGAGAAAAACAGAGAGGACAUGGAUUUAAAAGCACUUGGUUUUGACGUUGCCGAGGGGAUAAAUGAGCCAUAUUUACCAGGAGACUGUGGGAUAUUUGUGAGUAAGGUGGAUAGAGGAGGUAUUGCUGAAGGAAGGUUAAGAGUGAAUGAUUGGCUGUUGAAGAUAAACAAUGUGGACCUGACCAAUAAGGACAGGAAGCAGGUUCUGAAGGCGGUGCUGAGCGGAGAAGGAGUGAUCAAUAUGGUGGUCCGCAGGAGGAAAUCUCUGGGAGGACGCUUAAUCACUCCUAUUGAGAUCAACCUCACAGGAUACAAAGCCAGUGGUAUAGGGCUGGAGUGUGGGGUGUUUGUAGCUGGGGUCACUCCGGGCUCACCAGCAACCAAGGAGGGUUCACUCACAGUCGGAGAUAGACUCAUCGCUAUAAAUGGAAUUGCACUAGAUAACAAGUCACUGUCUGAGUGUGAAGCUUUACUGCGGAGCUGCAGAGAUGCUCUCAGCGUCUCUCUCAUCAAGAGUUGCUCCGGCCAGAGUAUCUUUGAAAACCUGCGAGACGCCUCAGAGAAGACCUCCAACUGCCGCUCGCUCCACUCUUGGCACUCCCGGAACUCCAAGAACAACAACAGCUCUACCCAGACAGACAUGUUCUGCCCUGAUAUUGGCUCCAGUGGUGGAGAGAGACACAACCAUCCCAACGAAGACAGGAGUCAUAGUGACAUUGUAGCAGUAGACAACAACAGUAGAGGUGGCUCCGUCUGCCAGCACAAGCCGUUUUCCAGUAGCUCCAUGUACUCCCGCUCUCUGUCCCACAGGGGGAGCUGUCUGCAGCACAGCCCAGUUAGUUCAGGGCCACUGGGGUCCCCAGAGCCCCACCAGGACUACUGCUACAGGAGAGGGGAGUCACACAGCAGGCGACCUCUCACCUUCACCCCAGUGGCCUCCGACUGUAUUACCCUGCAGAGCACGCUGCUGGACAGAGACAGAGACAGAGGAGGAGACAGAGACAGAGGAGGAGACAGAGACAGAGGAGGAGACAGAGACAGAGGAGGAGACAGAGGAGGAGAGGAAGGACACACCACUACUCCAGAGAGAGAGAAGCCGAGCGGAGGCACCUGGCCUAAAGUCUUGGUGGGCGCGUCCAUCCUCGAGUGUGCCCAGCUCUCCAUCUAUAAGAAGCCCAAUCAGAGGAAGUCCAUCUUCGACGCAGACACCUUCAAACGGCCCGAGGCGUCCUCCAAACUGGACAACCUCUCCUUGUCCCAGCUAUCAAAACACUCCCCGCAGGACUCUCAGUCUGAGGUGGAGCCAAGGGUGGGGCCAGGGGUGGGGAUAGGGCAGACCCCUCCCACCCCGCCUCAGAGGAGCGAUUCGUUCAGGUUCAAACACCGCCAGCAGACCAGCUCUGCCUCGGACUCCACCAUCACCACAGGGACAGGCACCCCUCCAACCACCCCGGGCCAGGCCCCAGGUGGCCUACCCCUGGUGGGCAAACAACAGGAUAGGUGGGGGCUGGAGGGUCGAGACAGAGGCAGAGAUAGGGAAAGGGACAGAGAUGGGGAAAGAGACAGAAAGAGGGACCGAGACAAAGAAAAUCGAGACAGAGACGGGGACAGUGAGAAACAAAAUUUCUACAUAGACCCUCCUGGAGAGGGGAUGCAGCCAAUCAUCAGCUCCAGGAAGUCAUGUGAUGAGGAUGUAAGCAGGCAGAGGGGGGAGGAGCUGGACAGGGACAGGAGAAGGUACCGUCCCAAAUCAGCCCCUGCGUUACGCCGGAACAUGACCCCUCUACACAUCCACAUCCCUAUCCAGAGUUUCUCUAAUGACGAGGCGUCUCCAGAGCCGGUGGACUUGGUGCGUUUCUCUCCCAUGCGCUCUCAUCGGUACAGCAUGCCUUUGGUACCACCAGGAUACAGCAGCACCAUGACUGCACAGCCCGGACACAGAGGUCUAGCCCCGUGUCCUGCUGUCACCGCUGUGAUGAGGAACCCAGUCUAUACCGCCUGGAGCCAUGACGUUCACACAAACCACAACUGUCCUCCUGCACCCACCUCAGGCAACCACUCACACUUUCACCCCAGUCCCCAGCACCAAGGUCGUCUGAGCCUGGAUUUGAGCCACAAGCGGUCUGGUGACUUAACGUCAGAUUCAUCGCCCUGUAGCCAGACACCACACAGCACCAACUCCCUGCCCACCAGUACCAGACUGGGUUCCUCUGGUAAUUUACAUUUCCGGCACGAGCGUAUUAAAAUCCCCCCUACUCGAUACCCACGGUCUGUUGCAGGGUCUGAUAGAGGGUCCUUGUCCCACUCAGAGUGCAGCUCCCUGUCCCACUCCACUCCUCCCAUGUCCCCCACCAAUCUAGAGACAGCGUCCUUUGCCAGCAGCCAAUCACAGAGCUCUAUCUCCACCAGCGCCACCCAGCCCAGGAUAUCAGUCAGCCCUGCUUUAAUAGGGGACCGAAGGAAGGACAGAUAUCUGUUCUAUAACAGAUCCUUUCUCCGCCUGCCUCUGGCUAUUAGGCCCAGGUUCUCCUCAUUACGGAGCUUGAGGCCCUAUCUGGAGGAGCCCCGUAACGUGACGGUACAGAAGGGGGCAGAACCGCUGGGCAUCUCCAUAGUGAGUGGGGAGAAUGGGGGUGUGUUCGUGUCCAAGGUGACGGCAGGAAGCAUUGCACACCAAGCGCGGCUGGAGUACGGGGACCAACUGCUGGAGUUUAAUGGGAUCAACUUGCGGAACGCCAACGAGCAGCAGGCGAGGCUUGUGAUUGGUCAGCAGUGUGACACCAUCACCAUCCUGGCUCAGUACAACCCACACAUGUUCCAGCUGGGAAACCACUCUCGCUCUAGUUCUCGUAUGGAGUCCAUCAGUGGUCAGCCAACCCCCCAGCUCAGCGGAGCCACCACUCCAGACAAUCACUCUGUCAUCGACACCUUGAGUGAGCAAGACGAAGGGACCAUGACACCACCUUCUAAACAGACCACCCCAGCCACCAGCCCUCACAGCUCCUUCAGGUUAUCUUCUCCAGGUGCAGGCUCUCGCAGGGCCCCAGAGGUAAGGCUGGUGCGGCUGAAGAAGCCCCAGGGAGAGCUGGGGGUGCAGCUCUGUGGAGGGAACCUGUAUGGUAUAUAUGUAGAGAGUCUGGAGGACGACAGCCCUGCCAAGUGUCCCGACGGACUGGUGCCUGGAGACCAAAUACUGGAGUACAAUGGUGUCAACAUGAAGAAUAAGACUGCGGAAGAGGCUUACCUGGAGAUGUUGAAACCGGCUGAAACGGUCAUGUUUAAAGUCCAACAUCGUCUGGAUGAGCUCGCCAUGCUCAAAGACUCACCAGGAGAUGGUUUUUAUAUCAGAGCACUUUAUGAACGAGUAGCAGAGAUUGAGCUGGAGCUGAGUUUCAAGAAGGAUGACAUCCUGUACAUUGAAGACACGCUACCAAAGGGCAACUUUGGCUUCUGGAUGGCGUGGCAGUUAGAUGAGAGCGCACGCAAGCUGGCACGAGGGCAGGUCCCCAGCAAAUACAUAAUGGACCAGGAGUUCUACAGGAGACACAGCAUGCCUGAUAUGAAGGAUGAGAGCGGUACCUCCAGUAAGACCCUCUCGGCUGCCGCUCGCAGGUCCUUCUUCCGCAGAAAACAGAAACACAAACGCUCUGGGUCUAAAGACGGGAAGGACCUAGUGGACGCCAUCAGCACUGACUCACUGCCCAUCAUGGAGGAUGGUGUGAGCCUGGCCUACCAAAGGGUCCAGAAGGUAGAGUGUUCCAGCCCGAGACCAGUGCUGGUUCUGGGGCCCCUAGUGGAGGCUAACAAGGACAUGCUGGUGAAGGAGGCCCCCGGGAGGUUCUGUCGGUGCCUACCUGAGGUGAUGAAGGCAUCUCAGCAGGCGAUAGAACGAGGGGUGAAGGACUGCGUCUUCAUCGACUUCAAACGAAGGAGCGGCCAUUUUGAUGUCACAACUGUUGCUUCCAUCAAGGAAAUCACAGAGAAGGAUUGUCACUGUUUACUUGACAUUGCACCCCACGCCAUCGAACGGCUUCACAGCGUUCACAUCUACCCAAUCGUCAUUUUCAUUCGCUACAAAAAUGCAAAGCAGAUAAAAGAACAGAAGGAUCCUCUAUACUUGCGGGAUAAAGUCUCACAGAAACAUUCCAAGGAGCAGUUUGAGAUGGCACAGAAAACGGAACAGGAGUACAGCAAGGUCUUUACAGGUAUCGUCCAAGGAGGAAGCCUGUCCUACACUUGCACUCAGAUCAUGACUAUAGUGGACCAAGAACAAAGUAAAGUCAUAUGGAUUCCUGACAGAGCUUUCUAGAAGGUUUCUAGGUGCUUCUAUCUAUGUAACACUUCAACCAUUAACAAGGAAGGUUGGGUAUGAUACACUUAUCCACGGCUAAAUGUUAAAAACUAGUCAACAAUAUCACAUCACUGUUGUUAUAAUAAUCAACUGUGAGGUACAUCCCAAAUAGCACCCUAUUCCCUAUGUAGUGCACUAUAUAUAGGGAAUAGGGUGCUAUUUGGGAUGCACAUCUGAUACACUCUCAACAUAAUAACACUUAUCUGAAAGAUGAAGAUUCAUAUAGCACUGAUUUGUCUCACCCCACAAAUAGAAGUAAUACUCCCACUAUAAUGGUGAUGUCAUAGUGAUGCUGUAUACUUCAGACAGGUCUAGAGAUUCGUUUACACUAGUAUUUAAUAUUGUAAUGCUUUUUUACUUGAAUGUUUUUCCCUUAACUCCACUAUGACACUCCUUGACUCUUCCUGUUCCUAUGGUUCUCAAUCAUAUGUCAGAAUAGAAGUUGAUGCAUGGAAUAGAAAAAAAACACAUUUUAGACUUGUCUCAGACCUGUUUGUGCUGUAGUUAUCAUGAUGUCACAACGGAUCUGGGAUCAGUCUAGAAGACCAUGUAAUAACCAUGAUGAACUAUAGUUAUGGCAACAGGCUCAACAUGGGUGCAGCAAGUUUUUCUUAACAGAAUGGAAUGGACCACUGUGUUCUCAUCUUUAUGUAUGUUUUCUUUGACAUUUAAAUUCUCUAAUCCCAAUCUAAUAAUGUUGGUUAUGAACCUUCCUUUAUAGCCUACAAAUGUAGCAGUUAGUGAACAGAAAUGAUUGUGUAUGUUGUAUUUUUUUCCCUCUGUUUUUUGUCAUAUAAUUUACAUAUUUAAAGACAAAAAUGUAUGACAAAUUUGCAUGAUUCUUUUUUUCCCCCAAGUUGAUGUAAAUGACAGACGUUUGUUUUACAACCCACUUACUGUGCUCAAUGCAAAAUUGCAGGUUAUAUAUGUUUCCUUCUGUAUGUUGUGCCAAACUAAACAGAUUUGUUUUGCACCAUUUAUCCUUCAACCUAGUAAUGCUUGAACACUAAGGAAUUCAAUAAUACUUUACCGUAGGUACGAUAGUUUCACCAUGAGAAAAUGUAUAUGUUGUAGAGUUGUUCCAAUGUUCCUAACAUUUCCUAACGGGCAUCUUUCUAUUACCCGAAAUGUAGAAUUUAAAAAAGGGAUAUUUUAUUUCUGUUCUAGGGGUUUGAAUGCACCAAACUAAAAGAGGAUGAAUUCAUACAUUUCAGCAUUAUGAUGAACUGGUAAAUUACUUUCUUUUUUUUCAUCUAUAAUAUUUCAUCUUCUCAUGUUGGUUGAAACACUAAAGUAGACUAUAGAUAUAACUUCACUUCUCAAUGAAAUUAUAUUAUUUGUAUCAAAUGUUAAGAAAAAUAAAUACAUGUGGGGAACGUUG